UUCCAAUUUCAACACACGUCUAAUUUAACAUGCCAAACCGGUUGGCGUGGCCUAUGAAGCAUCCUCCGCCGACGGUGACCACCAGACCACGCGUCGCGAUCUCAACCUCUCUUGUAACUUGGAAACAGGAGUUUCUACUUCCUCGUACGAAACUCCAACUAGAGUCUACAGCACGUGCAGUAAGCUUCUUCCAUUUAUUGGAACUUCAGCUUUAAAUCUAAUAAAAAACAAGAUUUGGAUGACGAUGACGUUGCUGUCGUCGAUCGUACUUUUGGAAUUCGCACACAGAUCACUAGCCUCACCUAACUACAUGUCGUAUUCCGAUCGAAUGCGAACUCUCACUGACGAAUGAACGAUUCAUGUACGCAAGCACAUAUUGUUUGACUGUUCACAGUUCUGAACCAAAAACUUGGAUCAAAUUUGAUGAACUGAUAAAGUUUGAAGCUUUUGAUAAGAUUAGAGUUUUGGAGUUUAGAGUUGUGCGUUGGAAUAUGAGUACUAGAGAAGAUGAUGAGAACCAAAGCACCCCAUUGCUGCCCACGAGUGAGAACGCAGAAGUUGAAGCUGGGUUUGCCGAGCCCGGCAAACCCAGCGGAGGAGCUUCGUUCCAUGGAUCUGUGUUCAACUUGUCAUGCACGGUUAUCGGUUCCGGGAUCAUGAGCCUACCUGCAACCCUAACCAUACUGGGACUGAUCCCGGGAGUCGCGUUGAUCGUCAUUGCUGCAUUCCUGACAGAAGCAUCCAUUGAGAUGCUGCUGAGGUUCAGCAAGCCCGGUUCGGUGUUUUCGUAUGGUGAUCUCAUGGGGGAAGCAUUUGGAAAAGUUGGGAAGGUUUUGGUUCAGAUUUGUGUUAUUGUCAACAACAUUGGUGCUCUCACUGUGUAUAUGAUUAUAAUAGAGGAUGUUCUUUCCGGUUCGACUUCAAGUGGAGUUCAUCAUGCCGGCAUUUUAGAAGAGAGGUUAGGGGUGCAUUGGUGGACCGGGCGUGCUUUCGUUCUGUUAGUCCUAACCGUAGUUGUAUUUGUUCCGUUGGUAUGUUUUAAGCGCAUCGAUUCACUGCGAUUCACGUCAGCUAUAUCGGUUGCACUGGCAGUUGUUUUUCUUGUUGCUGUCAUCGUGAUCACAGUGUACAAAUUCGUACUGGGAAGCAUAGAGAAACCUGCAUUGUUUCCCAGUGUUACUGAUUUGCCUUCCUUUCUUAAUCUUUUCACUGCAUUCCCUGUUGUGGUUUUUGCUUAUGUCUGCCACUACAAUGUUCACACCAUACAAAGUGAGCUCAAAGAUACUCCAACAAUGCCAGCAAUCGUGCGUGCUACAGUUGCUCUCUGCGCCGUUGUGUAUGUGAUGACAGGCCUGUUCGGGUUCCUCCUCUUCGGCGACUCAACUCUUUCCGACCUGCUCUCCAAUUUUGACACAGACCUUGGCAUUCCAUACAGCUCCGUCUUCAAUGACAUCGUGCGAAUCAGUUAUGCCGCCCAUAUUUUACUUGUGUAUCCCAUUGGUUUUUUCCCUCUCCGGCUGAACUUGGACGGCCUUCUCUUCCCCUCAGCCAGACCGCUGGCUUCAGACAACGUAAGGUUUUCGUUGAUCAGCGCCGGAAUCAUUGCUAUCACCCUCUUGGGUGCAAUAUUCAUACCGAGCAUAUGGGUAGCUUUUGAGUUCACAGGUGCAACUGUUGGAGCUCUGCUUGCAUUCAUCUUCCCUGCUUGCAUUGUUCUCAAGGACCCUCACGGAAUAGCAUGGAGAAAGGACAAGAUUUUGUCAGUGUUCAUGAUCAUUCUCGCUGUAAUCUCAAGUGUGGUAGCCAUUUAUAGUGAUGCAUAUUCAUUGUUGACAUAGCAGGGGUUCUCAACUUAUCAAUUGAAACAUGUCAUAUAUGUGUGUGUAUAGAUACAAAAUAAAUAAAUACAUAAUUCAGCAA